AUGACAGGAGCAGCGCCACAGUCGAACGAAAGAAUUGUAAAGCACAGUAUACGGAACUCGCAAGUUAUGUACAGUAUCGGGGAUGGAGUUAAUGCGUAUUGGGUGUUUGAGUGCUUCGCCUACAUUGGCGGCGAUAACGAGGGGAAUACGGCCGCGCAAGUCAUGAGCUGGAUGGCAAAGCCUACGACAUUGCUCUUCCGGGGUCUCGACCGCCUGCUCAUAAGCAGGCCGGCUUUGGGACAGUCAACAAACGGUCUGAUAUUGGGCAACAAUGGCGGCAAUGCCAUAUUUUGGUCUGGCUACCCACAGGAGAUGAUAGCAAAUUCUAACAAGUUCACUAUGAUGGCGAAUCGACCCUACCAACAGAGUCUGGUGGAUAUGAGGAUGAAUGUCGAAUCGAUCGGGCGAAACGGCAUGGCAUUGGUGGAUGGAUGGGUGGGUAUCUGGACGGCCGAAGAGGUUCUCGCACAUAUCAGGGAAGGAUCCACCCACAUGAAGUCAUGUCUUGGCCGCGACGAAGGAUGGCUUACUGGACUGACACAAACUACGAAUAUACGAAAUUCAGUUGCAGUUCGCUGGCGAUUGACUGAAGCCGCGCCGGCAGCAUUGAGAAACAGUUCCAACGCACUGAAAAUUCCUCGAUACACCGACAACACCGCCAGCUCGAAGAUGGACUUGUUACUGGGGCGUCCGGUCUUGCAGUUUGCGUUUGGAGCGUUAAUGGUGGAUUUCGCUGAACGUGAGAUCCCUCCCGUUUGCGAGGAAGAAUUAUGGAACCUCCGCAGCAAAAGGUCCCAGGUCCAGGCACAGGUUCCUGGCCGUGGGAUUACGAAGCAGGGCUGGCGAAGAGCGAGGGACGGCGAGGAAACGUACCGGCUUAUCAGAAUGCUGUGCAUCGAUGACAACCUGUGCAUUGAGGGUGGCCCACGCGGUUUCGGUAGCGCGACCCAGCUCGGCCAACGCACCCCAGCCCCGAUGGCAGCAGCAGUGACAAGCUGUGCACCUCUUCUCUCUGGGUCUCCCCCCACCCCCAAGCACCCAGAGUAUGCGGCAGAGCACCCAGCCAACCCGCCCGCCUCCGUCAUCUCCCUCUUCCUCUCAUUCUCUUUCAACCUCCCAUCUACAACCUCCUCUCCCUCCGCCAUCUCUACUUUCUUCCCCUUCCCAUAG